UCGGCACUUAGCUUCCGCGCAUGCGCACACCACAUCCGCACGAUGUCAGUGUUUCAUGACGAAGUGGAAAUAGAAGACUUUGAGUUCGAUGACGAGACACGGACAUACUACUACCCCUGUCCGUGCGGGGACCUGUUCCAGAUCACUAAGGAAGCUCUGGAGAAUGGAGAAGAGAUAGCAGAAUGUCCUAGUUGUUCCCUCAUUCUCAAAGUAAUUUAUGACCCCGAAGACUUCCAGCCCGAGACCACCCAGAGCUCCAAUUUACUAAAACUGACUUCCUGACAUAAUGAGAGCUCCGCUGUUUAUGUGCAGUCAAACAAGUGAUGAUGUUGCAGUAGAUAAGAGCAUGAGUUCACAUGUUUAGGUCCUCGUACUGUCUGUUGAGGUGGAGAGUGACUUCCAGAACCUGAGACUCUGCCAGCCAUCUCGCUUGGCUCUUCUCUCCCUCCACCCUGUCAGGAAGAUGUAGCCCCAGUCGGCUGCAGAAUACAUACCACCACUAAUUCCAGUAGAUAUGGAAAUUUUGGUCCACAAAAAAACCUUUGCCCCUGGCACUUAAUAUUGAACUCCUUAA